UCUAUCAACAUGACACGCUAACGAGGAACACCAGCAUGUCCUUUUCUCGUCGAAUACACGGUUGACAUCACUGGUACUUGUAUCAACCAUCAAGAAAAAUGGAAAAAUCUGAUUCAAUGAGCAGCUUAACAGCAUCUGACACUUCCAUCAAUUAUGCCAGUGAUGAACAUUCGGGAAGUCUCAUUAGUAACUUUGAAUCAUUCCGGACUGAGGGUGGAUACAGUGAUAUCAACAUCCGAGUGGAUGGACAGGAAUUCCCAUGUCAUCGUGUCAUUCUUGCAGCAGGAUCUUCCUACUUCAAGUGCAUGUUCUCGUCGGGCAUGGAAGAAUCCUUUAAAAACACAAUAGAUUUAAAACAAAUUGAUGCUGAUGUAUUUGAAAAUCUUUUGCAUUUUAUCUAUACGGGGCGAGUACAGAUUACUGUAGGCAUUGUGGAAGAACUGUUUCGCCAAGCUUACUUGUUCCAAGUUACACCCCUUGUUGAUCUGUGUCUCAAGUUUUUCAAAGAGAAUAUCAAUGAGACAAACUGUUUGGCAGCCUUGACCUUGGGUGAUAGCCACGCUCACCAGCCACUCUAUCAGUUCGCCAAGGAAUAUGCUUGUCACCAUUUCAAGAGUAUCAGACAAGAUGAAGAUUUCACCAAGUUGUCAAUAGAAUGUGUUGUGGACCUGCUUAGUGACAGGCGACUUGAGUGUACAUCUGAGGAUGAAGUAUUUGAAAGUUCAAUAAAAUGGCUGGAUUAUGAACAAGACAAUGACAAUAGAAAAUCAUUCCGCUUUAAAAUAUUGGAAUGUAUCAAAUUUCCGUUACUCAGUCAACUUUUUCUCAUUGACGUGGUUAGUAAGUCAGCACAUGUGACACAGGAUGAGCGAGGGAUGGAGCUGUAUAAUCAAGCCAUAACAUACCACAAUAUCCAUUCCAGACGAAGUAUGCUUCCUUCCUACCAGAUCACUCCCCGCAUUUCAUCCCCCUUGUAUGAGACGGCUGUACUUCUGGGUGGUCGCCUGUCUGAUGGUCUGAGCAAUGAAGUAGAAAGCUAUCAUGCAGAUACCAAACAUUUCACUACACUGAAACAACUGCCCUUCAAGAAGAGGAAUGAAUUUGCAGUAUGUGCAUUUGCUGAUAAUAUAUAUGUAUCUGGUGGCUUGCGAAGUCAGGAGUUUUGGAAAUAUGACAGUGUGUUUGAGACAUGGAUCCGUGGUUCCAAUAUGAUGCAUGCUAGGCGCCGACAUGCUAUGACUGUGGUUGAUGACUGCAUUUAUGUGCUCGGUGGAUUUGAUGAGUACAACGUGCUUGGUUCCAUAGAAAUGUGGAAAAGUCUGAAUAACUCCUGGUCUGAAAUUGGUAGCCUUGUCCACCCAGUAGAGAAUAUGGGUUAUGUGUCAUACAAUAAGAAAAUCUACCUGUUUGGAGGCAAAAACAGCGAUGAGAUUGUGACAGAUGUUGUUCAGUGUUUUGAUACCAUCUCAAACACGACAACUUUACUGACCCGCACACUGCCAGCUUGUGACAUGUGCCUAAAUGGGGCCACCUUAGAUGGACAGAUUUAUGUGGUGGGACUGGAGGGCUGCUUUAGAUAUACACCAGAUUCGGACACCUGGGAUGUGUUGCCUGAUCUGAGCUGUGCAAGAGACUUUGUGAGUUUAGCUGUUCUGGAUGAGAAGUUGUAUGCAUUUGGAGGGAGAAGACGUGGGGCAAAGGACAACUUGUACACGGACAUCAUUGAGUGUUUUGACCCUGUAAAGAACACUUGGGAGAUAUGCGGGAAUACCCCCAUCCCCAUGUACUCUUACGGUUGUGUUCGCAUCAUGCUACAUAAGAAAAAGGAACCAGAGAGUAGCAUGAGUCAGGUGGUUCCACACCCAAUACAGAACUAAUCACAUUGUACUUUUACCUGUAAGUACAACAAACAUUUGAUAAAGACAAGGCAUUUUCCUUGUACAAGAUUCUUUUACAUCUUUAAAGACAUGGAAAGGAGACAUAUGUGGACUGUCCGUAGUCACCAUGAAAUAAUUAUGAAAAUGUUUUUAGAACAAAGUAAAAAGUUUGUAUUUCUUCUCACAGUAAAACAUGGUUGUAAUUUGUACAUUGUAGCACAUGUAUUUAGAUGCCAUAAAACAUUUGAUUGAUUCGGAUCAUGAUGAGAGAUUUUACUCAUGCUACAGAGGAGAGUAGAAAUGAUGAAGUAAAGUACUAUAUGAAUCUUAGCAAUAAUCUGACAUCAAAUGUAAAUGAAAAAAAUCACAUUUACUAUAUGACCAGGUAGUUUUAGCCAUGUCAUACUUUUAUCAUUGAAGACCAUGGAGUUGAAAAUAGAAAAUGUAACUGUUUCUCAUAUUUUGCAAGUUGAUCAUACUUGCCAUGUAUUUAUGUAUAAAAAAUUAGGCACUGGUGAAAUAUGAAAGAUGUCACGAAGUAUAUAGUGUAAUUAGGAUUCAUAUAUGUGGUUGCUCUGACUUGCCUACAAUUCCUUCUAUAUCAGGUUAGUCAUGAUGAGGACUGAAGAAUAAUGACCAUUACAAAUCACCCUUGGUUCCCUCAUCAGAUCUCCUUGUUGUCACUAAUUUGAUACAAACGUGUUAGUCUGAAGAUUGUGGAUGUUUAUGGGCAGUGCAAUCACUAUUGGCUAGUUUAUAUUGGUGGUGAUAUUUUACUAAAUGUCAUGUUAUCUACUAUAAAAACAUUUAUUUUCUUUUGCUCAAAUUUUGUGGUUUUAUGAAAUUUGCAUUUUCAUUGGCUCUUGAUUAUGUGGAUAGGUCUUGCUCACAACCUUCACUAGUUAUUUAAUCCCUGCUAGGUUUAAUCAUGCUUAUCCUUUAAUGGACAUUUAAAUUCAUGGAUGAACAGUAUCCACAGGUUAAAAAAAAUAAAAUCACCACGAAAAUUAAUUAUUUUACAUGAAUUAAAAUUUAUAAACUAAACUAAAAAAACUUUCAAACUGUAGCCGAGAAUAAAAGCGAUAUUAACAUUUUUUUCUGCAACAAACAAUGAUAACAAGAAAAUGAUUAAUUUCUUACCAUUCUUUAGGUAAAAGAUAUUUUGAAAAUAAUCUUGAUACUUUAUUUUGUCUUUACAAAAAGCAUGUGUUAUUGGUCAUAAAAAUGGGCAUAGUUACAAUGCUACUUGUGAAAGUAGUGCAGGCAUAUUUCACACCUUUUUAAGGUUUUUGGUCAAUUGUUUAUUGUGGUAGUGAGAUACCAUUUAUUGAUGUUAUAUAUGAUGUGUUCAUGUUAGUGACUCUUUACAAUAAUAAAGUAAAAUGUAUUUAUAAUUUGUAAAGGUGGAUGGAAAAACUUUUGUGCAAUACUGCUAUGAGGAACAUUAUAUACAGACAACUUUCAUAGAUCAAGCUUUUUACCUGUGGUGUAAGCAUUAAAUAUUAGCAGAAAUUUUAUUAUUCAAGAUGACUACACUGUGUUCUGGAAUAGAAAUGUUUCUAAUUUUGUAUAAGUUAUGAUUAUUUUGUUGUUGGCUUUAACAUGUUACAAUAACAUAUGUGUUUAUAUUAAACAAUAGUUAUAACCUC